AUGAGCGACCCAGCCGCCUUCAGUGGAGUCUCCACUCCUGCCAGCCCCACGGCAGCAGCUUCAGCAACCAACAGCGUCCACGACGAUCACCCUAUCGACAUGUCCGAUGAUUCCACACCUGUUGAGCACCAUGUCGACGUUCAACGAGCAAAGGCUGAGUUCGCCAUGCUCGAGACCUCUCUUAUUCGCCAGUCCGAGGCUACCCGACAGCGCAGCGCUCAGCCCAAGGAUAUUGAGAACGAGGCAACUUCCAAGGGUAGCGACCACGACGAUGACUUCAACCUCGUCGAAUACCUCCGCUGCACCCAGACCGAGAAGUCACAUGCUGGCAUCAAGUCCAAGCGUAUCGGCGUCUCUUGGACCAAUCUCGAGGUGCUUGGCAACGACUCCAUGUCACUCAGCAUCCGUACAUUCCCUGAUGCCAUCAUCGGCACAUUCCUCGGCCCUAUCUUCAUGCUCAUGGCCAAGCUCAACAAGAACAGGGGCAGGAAGCUCCUCCAGAACAUGACAGGUGUCGCCAAGCCUGGUGAGAUGGUCCUCGUCGUCGGUCGCCCAGGCUCAGGCUGCUCCACCUUCCUCAAGACCAUCGCCAAUCAACGUGCUGGAUACAUCGCUGUUAACGGCGACGUCAAGUACUCCGGCAUCAGCAGCCAGGAGUUCGCACGCAAGUACAAGGGGGAGGCUGUCUACAACGAAGAGGACGAUGUUCAUUUCCCUACCUUGACUGUCAAGCAGACUCUCGAAUUCGCUCUCAACCUCAAGGGUCCAGGCAAGCGUCUCCCCAAUCAGACUGUCAAGUCGCUCAACCACCAGGUACUCGACACCUUCCUCAAGAUGCUUGGUAUCCCUCACACCGCUGACACCCUCGUCGGUUCGGCCGUCGUUCGUGGCGUCUCUGGUGGUGAGCGCAAGCGUGUCAGUAUUGCCGAGUGCAUGGCUUCUCGAGCUGCUGUGCUUAGCUGGGACAACUCCACCCGAGGUCUUGAUGCUUCCACUGCUCUUGACUACGCCAAGUGUAUGCGAGUCUUCACCGACCUCGUUGGCUUGACCACCUUUGUCGCUCUCUACCAGCCCGGCGAGGGUAUCUGGGAGCAGUUCGACAAGGUCAUGGUUAUCGAUGGAGGUCGCUGCGUGUACUACGGUCCCCGCGACAAGGCUCGCCAGUACUUCCUCGACCUAGGCUUCAAGGACUAUCCUCGUCAGACUUCUGCCGACUUAUGCUCUGGAUGUACCGACCCCAACCUCGACCGCUUCGCCGACGGUCAGGACGUGACCACCGUACCUUCCACCUCCGAGCGCCUUGAGGAGGCCUACCACAGGUCGCCUAUCUACCAAGACAUGCUUCGCGAGAAGGAGGAGUACGAUGCUCAGAUCGCAGCCGACAACAGUGCUGAGAAGGAGUUCCGUGAGGCCGUCCUCGAGGACAAGCACAAGGGUGUUCGUCCCAAGAGUAUCUACACCGUCAGCUUCUUCCGUCAGGUACAGGUCCUCACUGUUCGUCAGAUGCAGAUCAUCCUCGGAAACCGCCUUGAUAUCUUCGUAUCCUUCGCUACGACCAUUGCUAUCGCUUUGAUCGUUGGUGGUAUCUACUUGAACCUUCCAGAGACCGCUGCUGGUGCCUUCACCCGUGGUGGUGUGCUCUUCAUCGGCCUCCUCUUCAACACUCUCACUGCUUUCAACGAACAGCCCACCCAAAUGGGCGGUCGGCCUGUCCUCUUCAAGCAGAUGAACUACGCCUUCUAUCGACCAUCCGCUCUCUCAUUGGCCCAACUCUUUGCUGAUAUCCCCCUAUCCAUCAGCAAGAUCAUGCUUUUCAGUAUCAUCCUCUACCUUAUGGCAGGACUCGAAAGAUCAGCCGGUGCAUUCUUCACCUUCUUUAUUAUGGUCUACUUCGGCUAUCUAGCCAUGUCGGCUCUGUUUCGUCUCUUCGGAAUGGUCUGCAAGUCUUACGACGUCGCGGCGCGACUUGCUGCUGUCAUCAUUUCGGCCCUGAUCGUCUUCGCCGGUUAUGUGAUCCCCAGGAACGCUAUGUACAGGUGGUUGUUCUGGAUCUCCUACAUUAAUCCCCUUUACUUCGCUUUUUCCGGCGUCAUGAUGAACGAGUUCAAGGACCUGUCCCUGGCUUGCGUUGGACAAUAUAUCGUGCCUCGAAACCCGGCUGGAUCGAGUCAGUACCCUAACAACGUUGGCGAGAACCAGGUUUGCGUUCUACCAGGAGCUCAGCCCGGCCAGCAGUUCGUCUCAGGCAAUGACUACCUGAGGGCCAGCUUCGGAUACGACUCGAGCGACCUGUGGCUAUACUUUGGAGUCGUCGUCAUUUUCUUUGUUGGCUUGGUCGGGGUCACGAUGGCCGCCAUCGAAUUUUUCCAGCACGGUCACUAUUCGAGCGCGCUCACCAUCGUCAAGAAGCUGAACAAGGAAGAGCAGAAGCUCAAUCAGCGCCUCAAGGAGCGCGCCUCGAUGAAGGAAAAGGACGCCAGCAAGCAACUCGAUGUCGAAUCCAAACCGUUCACGUGGGAAAAGCUCAGCUACACGGUUCCCGUCAAGGGAGGGAAGCGACAGCUGCUCAACGACGUUUAUGGCUACUGCCGCCCUGGCACUCUGACCGCGCUCAUGGGUGCCUCUGGUGCAGGAAAGACAACACUCCUUGACGUCUUGGCUGAUCGCAAAUCAAUUGGUGUCAUCAGCGGUGAUCGCUUAAUUGAUGGCAAGGAGAUCGGGGUAGAGUUCCAACGAGGCUGUGGUUAUGCUGAACAGCAGGAUAUUCACGAAGGCACCGCCACUGUUCGAGAGGCCCUCCGCUUCAGUGCAUAUCUCCGUCAACCUGCCCACGUACCUAAGGCUGACAAGGACGCUUACGUAGAGGAUAUCAUCGAACUGCUGGAGAUGCAGGACAUUGCUGAUGCCAUGAUCGGUAUGCCCCAGUUCGGAUUGGGUAUUGGAGACAGGAAGAGGGUCACCAUUGGUGUUGAGCUUGCUGCUCGACCUGACCUCCUGUUGUUCUUGGACGAGCCUACCUCAGGACUGGAUGGCCAAACAGCUUACAAUGUCGUCAGGUUCCUGAAAAAGCUGGCAGCUUCUGGCCAGGCGAUUCUGUGCACCAUCCACCAGCCCAAUGCUCUCCUGUUCGAGCAGUUUGACCGUCUCCUACUCCUGGAACGUGGUGGCAAUACCUGUUACUUUGGCCCAAUUGGACCAAAUGCAGAGCAUAUCGUCAAGUACUUCGCUGAGAGGGGAGCUCAAUGUCCUCCUAGUGUCAACAUGGCAGAGUACAUGCUCGAUGCUAUUGGAGCUGGCUCCAUGAAGAGGGUAGGAAACAAGCCUUGGUCACAAGUCUAUCUUGAAUCUAGUCUCUUCCAGGAAAACCUGGCAGAGAUUGAAAGGAUCAAGCAAGAGACUAGCAGCUCUUCGCACGGUGCAAGCAAUAGCAAGAAGACCGAAUACGCCACACCUUUCCUGUAUCAGGUGAAGGUGGUCCUUCAGCGAGCUCUCCUUAGCACCUGGCGACAACCCGAUUAUCAGUUCACCCGUCUUUUCCAACACGCUGCUAUUGCUCUUAUUACUGGUCUCUGCUUCCUUAACCUCGACAACACCGUUACUUCUCUCCAGUACCGAGUCUUUGGUAUCUUUAUGGCCACUGUUCUUCCUACCAUCAUCCUGGCGCAGAUUGAGCCCUUCUUCAUCAUGGCGAGGUCAGUCUUUAUCAGGGAGGAUUCUAGUAAGAUGUACAGCGGAGCGGUGUUCGCCAUCACCCAGCUCAUCCAGGAGAUCCCCUUUGGCAUUGUUUCAAGCGUUGUCUACUUUGUCCUCUUCUACUACCCGGCAAGCUUCCAGACGGGCUCUGAUCGAGCAGGCUACUUCUUCGCUAUGCUACUCAUCACAGAGCUCUUCGCUGUGACUCUCGGACAGGCUAUUGCUGCUAUCUCCCCGUCGAUCUAUAUCGCUUCGCUUUUCAACCCUUUCAUGAUCGUGAUUCAAUCAUUGUUGUGUGGUGUUACCAUUCCCUACCCCAACAUGCCGACCUUUUUCUCCUCAUGGCUCUAUCACAUCAAUCCUCUCACUUACCUCGUCGCUGGCUUGGUUACAAACGAGAUGCACGAUCUUCCAGUUCGUUGCGCGGACAACGAGUUCGCGCGCUUCCAGCCCCCCAGUGGCGAGACUUGUCAAGCGUGGGCACAGACCUUCCUGGCCGCCUUUGGCGGCUACUUGGAGAACCCGAAUGCGACAUCCGAUUGCCAGUAUUGUCAAUACUCGAACGGCGACCAGUUUUACGCAGGUCUGAACACAAAGUUUUCAGAACGGGGUCGAAACAUUGGCGUUAUGAUCGCUUUCGUCGCCUUCAACGCUUUCAUCACUAUCAUCGCUUCUCGCUACAUUAAGUACGCUAACCGUUAG